CCAGUGCUAUAUUCCAUAUUCCGCACGUGCGCGGCACGCGCCAUCAGAGCUGCGAGAUGAUCCCUGUCCGGGCUUUCUCCAGAGCUCAUCUUGUAUGGAAAUCCGUAUUCUGGCCGAAUCCUCUGUCUGCUCCUGCAUGCUAUUUCCAGACGGGAAGGACCAAGCCUGACCCAAAUACAAUGGACGAUCGCAAGAAGCGGAAAUCAUCAGUUUUACCUGUAUGGAGACCUGUCUCCACAAAAUCGGGAACCACUGCCUCUAAAGUUGAGAAUUUGCCCAAAGACCUUGGUUGUGGAAGUGGCUCUGGUUUUGAUCUGGAGCUCAAAGAGGAAGUUAUGGAGGAGACAUUGAUUGUGCAGGGUUCUGAGUUGACCAAUGAAGUUGGAAAAGUAUCUGCUUCUAUUCCGGUUGAAGCUUCUUUGAUUCGUUUUGUUAAUGGAAAAGGGGAAUCCACACGGAGACAAAUUGAAGAAGAAACAGGAGUAAAGCUUAUCCUCCCUUUUGCAUCAUCCGAGGACACUUGUGUUGUUAUUGAGGGCAAUUCUAUUGAAAGUGUGAAUAAAGCUGCUGCAAAAAUUAAAAGUGUAAUCGAAGAGGCAAUUAAAAGCCCCAGCCUUGAUUAUUCUCACUUUAUAUCUCUUCCACUGGCUAUCCAUCCUGAAUUGGUAGACAAACUUCACAGCUUUCAGAAUACUAUUCUAGGUUAUUCUGGUUUGACGUUCCAUGGGAACUCCGACAAUGAUCCUGAGGGAAAUAGUUCAGAUGAUAAAGAUGAUGUGGAUGAACAAUUGGAAAAUCAGAAUGUUGAGGUUAAGCUUGAAGUCCAAGACAACCGAGAACAUGUGAGAGUGCAGAUAGAUGCUCCACUUGCCAAUUAUGAUGCUACAGAAAAAUCAAGACUUCAAAUUUUGUCAGAUUUGGGAAUUGAUAGUUCAAUCUUUAUCAAACCAAAAACAUUUCACUUAACUGUUCUUAUGCUGAAAUUAUGGAACAAAGAACGGAUAGCAGCAGCUACUGAAGUUUUGCAGAAUAUCUCUUCAAAAGUAUAUGAUGCUUUGGAAAAUCGGCCUGUUUCUGUUAGACUUAAAGGACUUGAAUGCAUGAGAGGGUCGCCAGCUAAGGCCCGUGUUGUUUAUGCACCAGUCGAGGAAAUCGGUGGAGAGGGACGAUUGUUACGAGCUUGUCAAGUAAUUAUCAAAGCUUAUAAAGAAGCAGGUCUUGUUCUCGAUAAGGAUGCGCAGCAACCACCGAAGCUGCAUGCCACAUUGAUGAAUGCAAGGCACCGGAAAUGGUCACUGAAGAAGAAGAAAAAGUAUAAAGGCUCUGAUUCAUUUGACGCUCGUGGCGUCUUCCUAAGAUUCGGGUCCGAAAACUGGGGAGACUAUCUCAUUCGGGAAGCACAUCUUUCUCAGAGAUUCAAGUUCAGUGAAACUGGAUAUUAUCAUUGCUGCACUUCGAUCCCCUUCCCCGAAACUAUGCAGGUUGAUUGAUUUCUCUGUGCUUUGUUUCGAUCAUCAAGAAGGCAUAUUGUUAGCUAAUCUCUCGUAUAAUAUCAUCAAGAUGUUCAAGCCGAACUAAUCGAGAUGCUUUCCCGACAAUCUUGUUGUACAUAAUCUCUUUGCUGCUUAUGGUGCCAAUGCAAACUUUGGACAAUUUGUUUGGCAUUUGUAUUUUUAGUAUCAAAAACUAAUUUGCUUUCCAUAUGACAUUUGCUUUGCAGUGUUAUUGGCAGUCUAAUAUUCUCAUUCCUGUCU